AGCCAACCUGGAACCCACUCCAACGAGUCCAUCGACAUCAGAUUUAUCCUUCAUCAACAAUGGCGUCUAGCUGGCUGGACCGUGUUGUUGCCGAUCAUCUUGGUGAAGCCCUGGCCUGGCGAAACACAAAGCGAAAUGUCAAGACUGAACCUGGUACCGAGCCUAAGCAGCAUCAUCAAUAUACGGAUAAUGGUAGCAGCUUGAAAGUUCGAGUUUCCAUACCGUCUGCCGUACUGCAAGUACUCAAGGUCCAAGGCCAAUUUCUCACCCUCACCGAUGGUGUCGUCUCUAUUCAAGCAAGAGUGUCCAGUAACGCGAGUCAGAGAUUCGUGAAUCAGCACUCGGCUCCAAUGUCUUCCAUUCUGAACAAGUCCAUCACUGUCAGUUCCUGCGACAUCACUGCCACACAUCUGGGUCCUCCAGCCUCUCGCGUACAGCUGAUCGUUCUUGGCUUUGCCAUUUCUCCCGCUUCCCUGGAUUUGUCUGAUGUCAGUACCGUCACGCCUAUUCACCAAUUUUCAGCUGUACGGGAUUUCUUGCAACGACUACAUCAGCUAUCAAAUCCACCUGCAGAGCGCGCAGCUCCAACUCCAGCUCCGAGACCAGCACUUGUGCCGACGGAGGAAAGUCCAGAUGUGGAAAUGAGUGACGGUACAGCGGAAUCUGCAGAGAAGGUCAACCCAAUGAAACGUCCUCGCUCUUCUCCAACUCGGUCAAGUUCUCAUCGUUCAGUAAGGCCUCGCAUCCAUGAAGGUGACGACGAUGUUAUGAUUCAGAAAGGCGUGAAUCUGCAGCAGCCUGUACAGGCCUCUGCAAACAGUGCGCAUCACGGCGACGUAUUACGAAAUGUCUUGUCGAGGAACAGAGUCCUUUCUACGGGGAGGGCCUCAGCAAGCACUGCAAUUGAGCAAGCCUUGCGGCUCGGUACCGGCAUGUCAGAACAAAUGGGCCCGCCUCCAGUGCCAGCUGCUAAGACUAAGAACGUUCAAACUCAAGCGCGAUCACCGUCACAAUCGCAAUCGUUAUCUCAGGAUUUCCAAUCUCAGAUUCCUAUGCGUGAGCCUGCUGCUCCGGAACCUGUCAUCCCUGACACUGGAUCUCAAGGUGUCCCUGGCGAGGCUGCGAGCCAGAAGGAUACAGAUAUUAAUACCUCCAAACUUGGUCUACCAAACAAUACCCCAACAUCUGCUCAGCCGGAACCGGUCGAAGUCUCACAAUCGUCACUGCCUAAAGGUGAUUUGCCUGCACAGUCACAGCCUGCUCAGAUCUCGUCGGUACCUGUGACUACGUCCAGUUCUCAUCUGCUAGAAGUUCCGUCGUCCGGCAUACAACGACCAAUGCACAGAGCUCCACCAACUCUAGUCAUCAAAUAUGCAAGUCGACCGAUACCAGAAAACCAGAGGAGAAUAUUGGACAAGCUGACCUCGUGGUGGCCACCAAGGCCAGGCACUACUUUCCCUCAUCCUAACAUUCCCAUCGAAAUAAUUCAAGAGAUGGAGGAAUAUGCAGAGCAGCGUGCUGCCAGGAAGAAGGCAAAAGCACGCGAGAAAGAAAUUGAGGAAGAGAAUGGAAGGACAAGGGAAAGAGAGAGGGAAAGGGAAAAGGAGUUACUGGCGGCUGCUCCUCUCCUAACUCAGACCACGCAAAGCAGUUUACUUCCAUGGAGCUCAUCUCCACCUGAACCUGGUCCUUCUCGACAUCGUAUGCAGACGCAUCGCCGCUCAACGAAUUUGCAAAUGCCUCUACCUCCGGACAGCAGCGCAGAAGAUCCAAUGCAGGUCGAUGAACCAGAGGAAGAGAUUCCAUCAAGUCCACCUUCGGGCUCUGUGUCCGCUGGUAGUGAUGAUCCAGGUGCCGAUGAACCGUUGGAGACCAUGCCGAGACUGAACCCUCGACAGCUUCCCGAAUAUCCUUUGUCAUCGCCUGAGGAGAGUUCUUCCGGGAAAGAUCCUGAACUUCGUCCUGACAACUCCCAGCCAACGAGAGUCCUUCAAGAAAGCACGAGAAUUCAGAUUCAGAAGCGAAAGUACUCUCCUACUCCAGAUGAAGAUGUUUCGAAACCAGAGGUGCAAGCGGAACAUUCGGUUUCUCACGAUCGACCACAAGCCCCUGUACUCAUCGACACAGAAGAUGAUAUGAUGGUGGAUGAGCAACUAAAGAUCAAUGCCGACAACGUCUCCGAAGAUCCGCCUCAAGUCGGAGUUGACAAAAUCAUGGAAGACGUGCUGCAGGUUGAAAAUGACAAGAUCAUGAAAGAUCAGGCGCAAGUCAAUGUUGGUCAAAGUAGAGAAGACAAGCCACAGGUCCAAGUUGCAGCGUCUCCGCAACCGCAUUCAAGAUCGGAGUCACGACAGCGUCGGCGGCGAAACUGGGGCCUCGAGGAAUCGGGAUUCGUUGAAACCGUUGAACAAAGGCAAGCUCGUAAACGUGAGAUCCGGGAGAGAUUCAGACAGGACCAACAGAACGAGAGUGCUCACGAGACCACGCCAAUACCGCAUAUUGAACAGCAAAUCAAGGGCAUGGUCCAAAAGGAACCAGAGGUAUCCGCUCCAGUGCAAGAGCCUGAAGCUGAUCAGAUGGAAGUCGAUCAGCCAUUGAUUGGGUCAUCUAAAUCAACCGACCCUACUAUUGCUAAGAGGGCCAAUAUCAUCAAACAGUGGCGCCAACGGAGUGACCAGCAAGGAGGUCCCACAGAAGCAGGAGCACCAGAUGCUCUGGUCGUUGAAACGAACGUUGCUGAGCCUGCCAUUGCUGAGACUGAGCCUGAGCCUGAGCCUGAGCCUGAGCCUGCUCUUUCUGAACCCACCGUCUUGGUAUCUGUCGAUGACGGUCCUGUUAUUCCUGCAUCUGCUGGCCACGGAACCGCUCCUUCUGAACAUGCUGCGUUUGACUUCGUUGUUUCUGACGUCCCUGACGUUGGCUCAGCAGUGCAAAAUAUGCCUCGCCCAGAGUCAUUCAGCAAUGAUCGCAUGCAAUUGUCACACCAGUCGACAGAGUCAGAUUUGCCUCCUUUCAGGGACAGCCAAGUUCGCAAUGCAGAGUUUCAGCCACGAACUGAACAACAACGACCACUUCCUUUGUCAAGAGCUCCAAAACCGCCAACUUACAAGGCCCAGCAAGAAGCAUCUCCAGAGUUACGCCUUCAUAAUCGCAAGGGCAUAGCGAAGGGCAAAUUCCGUGAGCGAUCAAGGGCGCUGUGGGUUGGAUCACUUCCUGCGGAGAUCAGCAACAAACAAGUCAUGGAAAUGUUCGCAGAGUUCAACCCCGUCUCGGUAGCCGCAAUGAACAAGUCUGCUUUCGUCAAUUUUUCCGAUGUUGAGACUGCGUGCAAAGCAUUGGAAUUUACGAAUGGAUCAAUAUUACAGAAUAAGUCGGUUGUUUGCAACUUUACCGCUCCCUAUGAGUACUCCGACAAUCCUGUUACAAGCCCUGCUGUCUCUCACAACCCGCGUUUACCGACCCGGCUCCCAGAACAUGAUCUUCGACCCUCAUCCGGCACCAGACAUUCUAGACACGAUGACGCAGUCCUCUGGUCGCUCACUGUUGAAGACUUGUUUCACGAGUUUGUGAAGAAGCGGAAAUUCACAGGCAAUAGAAAGGCUUUUGAGAAUUUGUGCAAGAAACUUCUUGAUUCUUCCACGACAAUCCCACUGGCGCAAUGGGAUAACUAUGUUGUUCUGCAACCGGCUGUGUACAUGCCAUAUGUCAGCGAACGCGUCACUGACGGUGAAUUAUUCGACGACUAUGACACAUACUGGAAAGAGCAUCUUCAAGACACUCCACCAGACCUGAUCCCUAUAUUGACCCCAGCCCGAUUGGAGGCCGCUUUCAACAACGUAUCGGCACCUCAAUCGCCAGCCAGUAGACCAAGUGCGCCCAUAUCUCCGCAGACUGUGUCUGGUGCGAGCCGACCUCGAUCAUCACCCGCUCAACCACCACCCGCUAGACCAUCACCCGCUAGACCAUUGCCCGCUCGACCGUUACCUGCUCGACGAACACCAUCUUCAGCUUCCGCUCUCACUCCCACGCCUCGAAAAGCCCCUGUUGCGGAGGAUCUGAGACGAUCUGUCGUAGAACGUAGUGCUCAAACCAUGAUCAGCAGGCCCCAAAGUACUAUACCGGCAGCGUCACAUGAAAUUCUGGACAUGCCAGAGCCUAGAAGGGCGUCCGUAUGGUUGGCAAACACCGUCUCUCACAAGGCGGGAUUCAAAGUCGUCCAGUCAGAUCUUUACGGCAUAUACAAGGAAACCUUCAAAUCUUGCGAGGUACAGCCAUUGAAUGGUAAAGUGUUUUCGGACCUUGUGCUCUCCACUUUCCCGGUGCUCAAGACCACAAAGGAUACUAAUGAAAAGGGUGAACACACCUUCUACUUCGACCAACUCUGGUUCCAACAAUCAAUCCAGCCAACACAUGUAUCAAACUCAUCCGAUGCCAAUACACCAGGAUUCAGAAUCAAGAGCGCUUCCGCAUCCAUUUCUGGAGAAACGUCGAAUCGCAGCGAAUAUUUUACACCCUCUGGCGGAUCUAUUCGACGAGAAAGAGAUAGGAGCUCACUUGACGAGAGAGAUGGAAGAUCUCGAAGAUCUCUCCCCUUUAUAGGAGGACAGCAAACAUCCAGACCUCAACCACCUCGAUCACUCCCUCGCAGCACUUCCUUCAAAGGAGUGCCUAAGGGUAAGCCCUCUCCCGCAGGCCAUCUCUCAGCUCGUGAGGUCCUCGGCGACUAUUUUGAGUCACCGGAAUAUCAAGAAGCUUACCAGAAUUACCGAUUGCUGGGUACUAAUGUGACCAAGAAAGGGAACGCUUUUUCGGAGCGUGAAUGAUUGGUCGGUCUUUGACGGGCAUCGUUUGGCGAACAAAGGAUUCGCCAACUCGGCAAGGAAUGUGGCUGAAACUGUGCAUACAAUGGGAACAAGUGACAGCGACGGAUGCGUCGAACAAAGAAAAUGGUUGAUGAAAGGUCUGGUGGAUAUCACACUAACGCCUGAUAUUAAUAAUUCUAUCUUAGUUAGAAAUUCACAUGCAAGAUGGCACUAUUGGUGACUUUCGACGCUGCACGCAAUCAGGCAGAACUCGACUACCAGGACAUCAUCGAUCAUCCCCACGAACCACUGAAGGAUUAUCCAGGAAACCCUGCUUAUGAUGAGCGAGUUUCCUGGCAUGGAGGUGACCCCGUUCUGGCCGCAAUUUCAGUCGGUUCAUUACAC